AUGAACUCUACUACUGUUGCGUCGGAAUAUUCGUCGGAAGUCAAUAAAGUUCCAAUAGAACAUAGAUUCAAUCCAUACACAGAUAAUGGUGGAACAGUGCUAGGUAUCGCAGGUAAGGAUUUUGCGGUCCUCGCAGGGGACACAAGACAAGUGAAUGGGUACUCUAUUAAUUCUCGUUAUGAACCGAAAAUUUUUAACGUUGGAGAUGAUAUAGUUAUGACGGCCAACGGGUUUGCUGCAGACGGGGACGCCCUUAUAAGCAAAUUUAAAAACCAAGUAAAAUGGUAUAAGUUUAACAAUGGUGAAAGAAGAUUGGGAAUCAAAAGUGCAGCUAGAUAUAUACAUCAUUUACUUUAUGGGAAGAGGUUUUUCCCAUACUACGUCAGUACCUUGAUUGCAGGGUUGGAUGAAGAAGGUAAAGGAGCUGUUUAUUCUUAUGAUCCUUUGGGUUCAUAUGAGAGAGAGCAAUGCAGGGCUGGUGGUGCGGCCUCCAGUUUGAUAACCUCUUUCUUAGAUAAUCAAGUUAACCUUAAGAAUCAGUAUGUGCCAGGUUCUGAUGGUAAGAAAAAGAAGGAAGUCAGAUAUCUCGAAUUGAGUGAAGUUUUAGAGCUUGUUAAGGAUGCCUUUUCCUCUGCAACGGAGAGGCACAUCCAAGUGGGAGAUGGUCUAGAAAUUUUUAUAGUCACCAAGGACGGCGUGAAAGUUGAAUACUUCCCUUUGAAGAGAGAUUAA